AGCCUAUUUCUAUCGAUCCGCCCACUUCAGUUGAUAUAUCACCUCAGCCAGUACGCAUGAACUCGUCCCUGCGCACAGGCUGCCGCUGGAAGCUGUUUUCCUGAGUAACUUUUUUCAGACUUCGGUUUGAACAGAUUUGAGAAAUGGCAGAUGAGCUCGCCAGAGUGAGGAGAAAAUUUGUGGACAAAGUGUCCAAAGUACUGAUUAAGCAGCUCCUGGACGACCUUUUAGACGAUGGCGUCUUGAAUGAUGGCCAGAAAGACUCAAUAGUUGAGGAGUACAGCACCACAGCAGACAAGGCACGCGUUCUCAUCGACACAGUGAAGAAGAAAGGAGACGAAGCCAGCAGGAAGCUGAUUGCUCACAUUCACAGCAGAGAUUCAACACUGUACUCUGAGCUGGGCCUGUCCUGUGUUCAACCUGCUCAGCCCGCUGCAGUGCGACUGAGUGAGCAGGAAUGGUCGAUCACCCUCAACCCUGCCACUGAGUCAUUCUGGAUGGACAAAGUGAAAGAUAACAAUGUCAGUCAUUCAAAAAACUCACAUCAAAUAUCUCACACGGCCUCAAAGGAAUACUUAACCCACAAAAUGACCAUUUGUAUAUUAAUUAAUCCUGUUACCUUGACUUUGUGAAGAAAACUUAGUUUUCCUAGCAUGCCUUCACCGAAAACAGCCAGCAUAUUUAUGAACUGAUUGGGCACCACGUUUAACAGCAUCAAAACUAUUAAAAAUACAUUUGGUUACAAAUUCUCACACAACUCACGCUGAGUAAUCCAAGUCUUUUUUAUCUAGUCAUAUGCUCAAUACUUCCCAA